AUGCCGGGCCACGCAGUGCACCAGAAAGGGCACUACAUUGACCCGAUCGACUCAAACGGGUCAGGACAUCUGGCGCCGCAAAAAAACAUCGGGCUCCUUCCUGUCAAGCGGAAACCAGUAGAGCCGCGAAACCCAGAUGGUUUUGACGGGUAUCCGGCACUCUCAAACUAUUCGAAAAGCCAGAAAAAAGAUGAAGAAUGUGACCUUGGCUCCAGCAUCUCAGUCGCGAGACUAUGGAAUGAUAUCAUGGAAACAGCCAAAUUUGGACAAAUGGCAGACUGCCCAGAGGGAAUGUACCGGAUUGCGCUGAGUAAGGAAGAUCAGAUGGUCCGAGACUGGUUCAAGAACGAGGCCCAAUCUCUGGGCUGUGAGGUCCGCGUAGACCAAGUUGGGAACAUAUUCGCGGUGCUUCCUGGCGCUUGUCGGGACAUUCCCCCGAUUGGAAUCGGUAGUCAUCUGGAUACGCAACCGGCAGGCGGUCGAUUCGACGGUAUCCUAGGCGUUCUCAGUGGGUUGGAGAUCCUGCGCACCAUCAAGGACUCGGGUCGGCAAAUGUACGCCGAUGUAGCAGUCAUCAACUGGACCAAUGAGGAGGGAGCUGGAUACCAGUCCGGGUGUACCGGAUCGGCCGUCUGGUCCGGCCAUGUCACCAAGGAAACGGCUCUCAAUAUGCUUCGGGCUGACCGUCAAGGCACCUUUGGAUCUGAUCUGUUGGCGAUUGACUACCAAGGCAGUGUCCCCGCCAGCCAUGUCCACAACGGCCUUUCCGCCCAUUUUGAGCUUCACAUCGAACAAGGUAAACGGUUGGAAGCAAAGCGACAGACAGUGGGCGUCGUCACAAAUAUACAGGGCAUUCGAUGGAUCUACCCCAUGAAGGACCGCGUGGACGCCUUGGUCGCCGCGUCGGAGAUGGUGUGCUUCCUCAACGGAAUCGCCCGAGAGUACGACAUGUUCGCCACCGUCGGUGUGCUCGAGGUGGAGAAAGCAAGUUCAAAUAUCGUGGCGGACAAUGUUCGCUUCACCGUAGAUCUGCGACACCGGUCCGAAGACCUUCUCUGCCGCGUGGAGAGUGAGCUCAAGGCACGCAUGAAAGAAUUGACUCGAACAUACGGCCCUGCGCUUCAAUUUGACAUGCAUCAAGUCUGGCAUAGCCCUGCGGCAGAGUUCGAUCAGUCCAUUGUCGAGAUCGUCCGCCGAGCAGCCAUCACGACGGUGGGUGAGUCUCAGGUCAUGCCCAAAAUGAUUUCAUUUGCGGGACAUGACAGUGCCUUGGUUCAUCUGACCGGGAUUCCGACGGCCAUGAUCUUCGUCCCCAGCCACGAAGGUGUCAGUCAUGCACCUGAAGAGUUUACUGAGCGGGAGCAUUGUGGCGCUGGCGCUGCGGCUCUCUAUCGGGCCGUCUGUCUGUAUGAUGAUCGUCUGCGAGCAUCAUCGCAAAAGCACAAAGUGGAACCAGAGGCACGCUGA